ACUUGGAAAAGGAAGAUCAUGGCUUCCAACACAGCGAACCCUGCUAACCAUUUGCCAUACUUCUUUGGCAAUAUAACACGUGAAGAAGCUGAGGAGUAUCUGAUGCAAGGAGGAGUGAGUGAUGGACUAUACUUGCUCCGCCAAAGCCGGAAUUACCUGGGGGGCUUUGCCUUAUCCUUGGCCCAUGGAAGGAAGGUUCAUCAUUAUACAAUUGAGAGGGAGCUGAGUGGCUCAUAUGCUAUUGCAGGAGGCAAGUCGCAUGCCAGUCCUGCAGAACUCAUUAACUAUCACUCAGAGGAAGCGGAUGGCCUUAUCUGUCUGCUGAGAAAACCCUUCAACCGACCACCAGGCGUUGAACCCAAAACAGGACCCUUUGAAGAUUUAAAAGAGAACCUCAUCAGAGAGUAUGUCAAACAAACUUGGAAUUUGCAGGGGCAUGCUCUUGAACAAGCUAUCAUUAGUCAAAAGCCUCAGCUGGAGAAGUUGAUUGCCACUACAGCCCAUGAGAAGAUGCCAUGGUUCCACGGGAGGAUCUCUCGGGAAGAGUCAGAACACCGUAUCCUCGUUGGGUCAAGAAACAAUGGAAAAUUUCUUAUCCGAGAAAGGGACAGCAAUGGUUCCUAUGCCCUGUGUCUGCUGAAUGAUGGAAAAGUACUGCAUUACCGUAUUGACAGAGAUAAGACAGGAAAGCUCUCCAUACCAGACGGAAAAAGAUUUGACACCCUCUGGCAGUUAGUUGAGCAUUAUUCAUACAAACCAGAUGGAUUAUUAAGGGUUCUUACCAUUCCUUGUCCACAACUUGGCUCAGAAAAUGAUAAUAUUGUUUUUAACACUCGUCCUCCUCUUCCUGGAACCCCUUCUAAGAGUUGGGCAGGAGGUGGAAUUAUCUCAAGACUCAAAUCGUACACCUUUCCAAAGGCUGGCAGCAAAAAGCUUCAGCCAUCUAUUGGUCACGCACCUGAUGAAGCACCUUUUAAUCCUUACGUGCUGCAAAGGAAGAGAGGUCUUACAGGAGCAGAAAGAGGUGAUCAGAGAGAGGCCUUACCCAUGGAUACUGAGGUCUACGAAAGUCCAUAUGCUGAUCCAGAUGAAAUGAAACCAAAAAAUGUCACUCUUGACAGGAAAUUGUUAACCUUGGAGGAAGGAGAACUUGGCUCUGGAAAUUUUGGUACUGUAAAGAAAGGGUUCUAUAAGAUGAAAAAGGGUGCCAAGCCAGUGGCUGUAAAAAUUCUUAAGAAUGAGAGUAACGACCCAGCUGUAAAGGAUGAAUUACUGAGAGAAGCAAAUGUAAUGCAGCAGCUGGAUAACCCAUAUAUUGUCCGAAUGAUAGGCAUAUGUGAAGCUGAGGCCUGGAUGUUAGUAAUGGAAAUGGCUGAACUUGGGCCAUUGAACAAAUUUUUGCAAAAAAAUAGACAUGUCACAGAGAAGAAUAUAACAGAGCUGGUACAUCAGGUUUCCAUGGGGAUGAAAUACCUGGAGGAGAAUAACUUUGUUCAUAGGGAUCUGGCUGCAAGGAAUGUGCUGUUAGUCACCCAACAUUAUGCCAAAAUUAGUGACUUUGGACUUUCUAAAGCUCUCAGUGCUGAUGAAAAUUAUUACAAGGCACAAAGUCAUGGAAAAUGGCCAGUCAAGUGGUAUGCUCCAGAAUGCAUGAAUUUCUACAAAUUUUCUAGCAAAAGUGAUGUCUGGAGCUUUGGGGUUUUAAUGUGGGAAGCUUUCUCUUAUGGGCAAAAGCCAUAUAAGGGAAUGAAAGGUGGUGAAGUUGCACAGAUGAUUGAAAGAGGAGAACGAAUGGAACGUCCUGAAGGCUGUCCAACAGAAGUCUAUGAUCUAAUGAAAUUGUGUUGGACAUACAACGUUGAUGACCGACCAGGAUUCGCUGCAGUCGAGCUGAGAUUGCGUAACUACUAUUAUGAUAUUUCCCACUAA